UGAACGGUGAAUCGGUCGGUGGGUAUGUGUUUCUGCUGACAUACGUACAACAUAUAAAAUCUGCGUGUAAUUCGAUAGAAAUUGGAAGAGCUUUCCGUAAUUUUAACACCGUUAAUCAUGGUUCUGGAUUUAGAUGUUUUCCGAAAUGAUAAAGGCUUUGAUCCAGAUAAAAUACGGGAGAAUCAAAAGAAACGUUUUAAAGCAGUAAAUUUAGUAGACACGGUGAUUGAGAAAGAUAAAAUUUGGCGACAGCUGCGACACAAAGCUGACAAUUUAAAUAAGUUAAAAAAUGUAUGCAGUAAAGAGAUCGGAGAGAAAAUGAAAAAAAAAGAAGCAGUGGAUGGUGAUGACACUGUUUCGAAGGAUAUACUUGAAAAUUUGGAAAAUUUAAUACCUACUAACCUGAAAUCGUUAACAGUCGCACAAAUUAAAACUAUUCGUAGUUUUAUCGAUGAUGCUAUUCGAGCAAAUGAUAAAGAUUUAAUCUCGACAGAGUCAGAAAGAAAUUGUGCUCUUAAAGAAAUAGGAAAUAUCUUGCAUGAGUCUGUACCAGUUAGUAAUGAUGAAGAAGAGAAUAAAGUUGAGAGGACUUGGGGAGAUGUUACACAGAAAAGAAAAUAUUCUCAUGUUGAUUUAAUACAUAUGAUUGAUGGUAUAGAUGGAGAACGCGGUACUAAUGUUUCCGGUGGACGUGGUUAUUUUUUAGUAGGACCAGCAGUUUUUCUACAACAUGCAUUAAUACAACUAGCCCUUAGAGAAUUAUCAGUAAAAGGUUACAAACCACUUUAUACACCUUUUUUCAUGCGUAAGGAUGUUAUGCAGGAAGUAGCACAAUUAUCUCAAUUUGAUGAAGAAUUAUACAAGGUGAUUGGUAAAAAUAGUGAACACAGUGACGAUAAAGAAAUUGAAGAGAAAUAUUUGAUUGCUACAUCUGAGCAACCAAUAGCUGCAUUUCAUAGAAACGAAUGGAUUCCUGAAAAUGUUUUACCAAUUAAGUAUGCAGGAUUGUCUACGUGUUUUAGACAAGAAGUCGGAUCUCAUGGACGUGAUACCAGAGGCAUUUUUAGAGUUCACCAGUUUGAAAAAGUGGAACAAUUCUGUUUAACAUCACCAUAUGAUGAUAAAUCUUGGCAAAUGAUGGAAGAAAUGAUUUCAAAUGCAGAAGAAUUUUACAAAACUUUGGAGAUUCCUUAUCGUAUAGUAAAUAUUGUAUCAGGUGCAUUGAACAAUGCUGCUUCAAAGAAACUAGACUUGGAAGCAUGGUUUCCAGGAUCGAGUGCUUUUCGUGAACUUGUCUCGUGCAGCAAUUGUUUAGACUAUCAAGCAAGACGUUUACUGGUCAGAUAUGGUCAAACCAAGAAGAUGAAUGCAAAUACAGAUUACGUUCACAUGUUAAACGCAACAAUGUGCGCUGUUACUCGUGUUAUAUGCGCAAUCUUGGAAGUGCAUCAAACUGAUACUGGUAUUAAAAUACCCAAGGUUCUCGCAAAAUUUAUGCCAGCGCAAUACGAAAAUGAAAUUCCGUUUGUUAAACCAGCCCCUAUCGAUGAAACCGAAGUAAAGAAACAAAAGAAACAAAAGGAACGGAAGGAUAUAAUCUUAACCUAAGUUUUAAUUAUCUUACAGAUAAAAAUGAAGUAACAGAUUCAGCUAUAAUCGAAGUAUUAUAGUAGUUAAAUUCAAUGUGCUCAUAAAAUCGAAUGAUCGGUUGCUAUAUUUGACGAACAGAUUUUUCAUAAACGUAUUAGAAUACCGCUAAGAUUUUUUUAUUAACUAUGUAAAAACACAGAUACACAAAUUGUUAUUUAUUUCGCUUGAAUACCUUUUAGCCCGUAUUCGAACAGCCACGCAAUGAAAGCAUUCAGGUAUAUUUUGUGAUAAUUAUGUAAUAAAACCUGAAGAGCAGUGUAA